AUGAGUGUGCAACUCUCUUCAAAUCCUCCUGUCGGUGUCAGUCCACCAGCACCGCAAAAUGCUGCCGGAAACCCACCAGCCGGCGGCCGUCCUCCACCGCCAGUUCGUCCGAACAACAGGCGUGGUGGACGGGAUAAAGUGGUUUUUGCUCUAUUCUUGGUGAUUCUAUUGGGCGUUGCCGCUAUGAUAUGCUUGAUUCUCCUUGUUCCUUUGCUGGCUCGCGAACGCAAACCAGAGAUCUUAAUCAAUUCCCUCUCUGUUUCUUCAUUCAAUCUGAAUGGUUCCAGCUCUCAGCUCUCAGCCAAUUGGACCAUGGAACUGCUUGUUGUUAACGUUGAUUCCCGCUAUCAUAUUCAGUAUGAGAGCUUUGAUGUUUUCGUGUUCUACGGCAGGGGAUUCGACGACGAAUUCUUCCUGGCCAAGGCAAAAGACAUCCCAUCUUUUGAUCAAAAUCCCAGAACCGGAACAAAAUUAGUCGCUGAAGCACGUGGGCAAAAACAGAACCUCAAUUCCAGAGUUGCAGGUUUGAUGGUUCCCGAGCAGCACAAGAAUGGGUCCAUAACUAUUGGUCUCCAGUUGCAAGUCCAUGUCAUUAGUAGCCAAUUCCAUGGUUAUAUGAUCUUCACUUGCAGUGAUUUGAAGGUCGUUCUGUUUCCUCCUCCCUCCUCUGUUCAGACAGGAACCAUGAUUGGAGGGCCCAAGAAGUUCAAUUUGAGAAGCUUUUCUUCAUCAUUAUAA